AAGUUUGGUCUCUUCUGAAUGUGUAAGGAAAGGCGAGAGGAAGUGAUCUGUAUGUGAGGUGCUGUCAAGUGCUUCUGCUGUAUGUGCCUCUGAGCUAUCUGCCAUUUUGCCUUCAGGCUGAGCCCUUGGAGGCAGACUCACUUCCCAGCACCAAGGUAGUCACUUAGGGGCCACAUCUGAUCUUGGAGGAAAGGUCUUGGCUGUGGUUUUUUUCAUUGCAGUCAUGGCACCAAAAAAGAAAAGCAUCAAGAAAAAUAAAUCAGACAUUAAUGAGAUGACUAUCAUCGUAGAAGAUAGUCCCCUAAGCAAACUUAAUGGUUUGAGUGGUUUAAUUGAUGGAGGGAAUGGCUUCAGUUAUAUCUCUACCGAGGUUUGUGAUGCAUCAUAUGGAACAACUCUUAUGGAUGGGCUCAGCAGAAUGAGACAAGAUAAUUUUCUCUGUGACCUAACUCUUGGAACCAAAACCAAAUCAUUCAUGGUUCACAAGGUAGUGAUGGCAUCUUGCAGUGAAUACUUCUACAACAUCCUUAAGAAAGAUCCCUCAACACAGAGAGUUGAUCUCAAUGAUGUCUCACCUUUAGGAUUAGCUACUGUAAUAACAUAUGCUUACACUGGAAAGAUUACCCUCUCUUUGUAUACAAUAGGCUGCACCAUAUCAUCAGCAAUCUCUUUGCAGAUCAGUACUCUCGUAAACAUGUGCUGUGACUUUUUAUUGCAAGAAAUGAAUGUUGAAAACUGCAUGUAUGUGGCUAAUAUUGCAGAAACCUAUGGACUAAAAAGUACAAAAGAAGCAGCACAGAAAUUUAUCCGAGAUAACUUUAUUGAGUUUUCUGACACAGAUCAGUUUUCAAAACUAACUUUUGAGCAAAUCAAUGAACUCCUUAUAGAUGAUGACUUGCAGUUGCCUUCUGAAAUUGUUGCUUUCCAGAUUGCAAUGAAAUGGUUAGACUUUGAUGAAAAAAGAAUAAAGUAUGCUUCUGGCCUUCUGAGUAAUAUUCGCUUUGGAACCAUCUCGGCUCAAGACUUGGUCAACUAUGUCCAAUCAGUUCCGCGAAUGAUGCAAGAUUCUGACUGUCAUAGGCUCUUAGUAGAGGCCAUGAAUUACCAUCUUCUUCCAUAUAAUCAGAACACAUUGCAGUCUAGAAGAACAAGGAUUCGUGGAGGUUCAAGAGUCCUAGUGACUGUUGGAGGACGCCCAGCAUUAACUGAAAAAUCCCUCAGCAGGGAAAUCUUAUACCGUGAUCCUGAGAAUGGAUGGAAAAGGCUGACAGAGUUGCCAGCUAAAAGCUUCAAUCAGUGUGUCAUUGUGAUGGAUGGAUUUCUGUAUGUUGCUGGUGGUGAAGACCAAAAUGAUGCUAGAAAUCAAGCCAAGCAUGCAGUUAGCAAUUUUUGCAGAUAUGACCCCCGUUUCAACACAUGGAUUCAUCUUGCAAAUAUGAACCAGAAGCGUACCCACUUUAGCCUGAAUGUCUUCAAUGGCCUCCUUUAUGUGGCUGGGGGUCGUAAUUCUGAAGGUUGUCUUGCAUCAGUUGAGUGUUAUGUGCCUUCAACCAACCAGUGGCAACUGAAAGCUCCACUGGAAAUAGCAAGAUGUUGUCAUUCCAGUGCAGUUAUUGAUGGUAAAAUCUUAGUCACAGGUGGAUACAUAAGUAAUGCAUACUCUAGAUCUGUGUGUAUGUAUGACCCAUCUAAUGAUAGCUGGCAAGACAAGUCCAGUCUCAGUACACCCAGAGGAUGGCAUUGCUCUGUAUCUCUUAGUGAUAGAGUUUAUGUCAUGGGUGGCAGUCAACUUGGUGGACGUGGUGAGAGAGUUGAUGUCCUCCCAGUUGAGUGCUAUAACCCACAUACAGGCCAGUGGAGCUACGUAGCUCCUCUUCAGAAUGGAGUAAGUACAGCAGGUGCUUCCACACUUAAUGGUAAAAUUUAUCUUGCUGGUGGGUGGAAUGAAGUAGAAAAGAAAUAUAAAAAGUGUAUUCAGUGUUACAAUCCUGAUCUUAAUGAAUGGACUGAAGAAGAUGAGUUACCAGAGGCUACUGUAGGUGUGUCUUGCUGCACAAUUACUAUGCCUACUUUAAAGACACGGGAGUCCAGAGCAAGUUCAGUCUCUUCUGUACCAGUUAGCAUAUAAUACCACUGAUUAGAAGGGAAGGAAAAUUAUUUAUUUUGAUGUUUGGCCAAUAAACAACUUAUUUUUAAAUUGUACAACUCUGCAAAAUAAUCAAAUAUUUGGAACAAAAUCUAUUUGCAGUGCAGAAUUUGAAAAGUAAUACAUGGAUAGAAAUAUUAAAUUUAUUAAUAAUAAAAAAGCAGUGAAAUCAAAUUUUUAAUAAGGCUUUGGGAAAAUCAUUUGAAGCAUGAAAUGAGAUUUUCUUAUUUGAAAAUUCAGUCCAUUGUUAUAAAGCUGCUUGAAUAAAACCUACACAGCAUUUUAUUUCCAUUACUUAUUGCAAAUAAAUUAUUUUAAGUACAAUAAAGGGAUAUUAAACUUGAGAAAUGUACAAUUAAUACAAAGUACAAUACCAUCAUAUUUAGUUAAUGCUUUAUAGGAGUUAAUAUAGCAUCAUUAUUUGUGUUUUAUGAUUACAUACAAUGUCUUAUAUAAUGCAUUUCCAGCAGAUAUAUCAUUUAUAUUAAUACCAUGUUAUAUCAAUGCCCAUCUGAUUAGAAACUAUACAUGUCAUAGAAACAAUGUAAGUUUUUUCAAUGUAACUUAUCAAUCUAUUACAAUGUUAUCUGGUAUAGAUCUAGUAUAAAAAUGAUCCUAAAUCAACUAGUGUAGUAAUUUAUAGGGAGAUUGUCACCAAAAAAAAAUAUAAAUACAUUUAGAUGAUUCAUUCAAUGUUAAGAAUUAAUUAAAAACAAAACAUGAAAAAAUAUAUAUUUAUUUUAUUGUCACUGAUAGAAUGGCUUUUUUUGUGGAAGACAUUUCAAUUAAAGGGCCACUAAACCCAAAAUCUUUCUUUCAUGAUUCAGAUAGAGAAUAGAAAUUUAAACAACAUUACAAUUUAAUUUCAUUAUUUAUUUUGCUUCAUUUUUUAAAUAUCCUUAGUUGAAGAAAAAGCAAUGCACAUGGCGAGCCAAUCACACAAUGCUUCUAUGUGCAGCAACCAAUCAGCAGUUAGUGAGCAUAUCUAGAUAUGCUUUUCAUCAAAGAAUAUCAAGAGAAUAAAACAAAUUAGAUAAUAUAAGUAAAUUAGAAAAUUGCAUUCUCUUUUUAAAUCAUAAAAGACAAAAUGUGGGUGGCAUGCCCCUUUAAGUAAGUGCUUCCCUGCCUAUAAAAAUCACAUACAUCUGUUUCCUAAGCCUGCUACAUAAAACUACAGCUAUAUGUAGGAGGAAAUAUUCAACUAAUGUAUAGAAUAUGUUAUGCUCAUGUGAAACAUCUGCCACAUUUGACAUGAAAGGGCAAGAAAGUUUUUUUUUUUAUUUAUCAAACAUGUUUAGUUGUUCUACCAACGUCCAAACUUCCAAAUAUUAUAACAUUAUAUAGCAGAGUUGGAGAAGCACUGUAUUUUAAUUUGAACAGUUAUAGAUAAAUAUAUAUAUUGUUCCAUUGUGCAAUACUAUUUAAAAAAAAUUGCCAAAGAGCAUCAAUUUAUUCUGUGCAGUGUUCUGAACCUGUUUUUUUUUUUUGUUUGUUUUUUUACCAUCAUAAUUUUCUUCUCCUAGGUUAUUGAGAGAACAAUAGUAAAUAGUAAUAAAUAUGUAUAGCAGGAGUUCAAAAUAUUAAAUACACACAACGUAAAUACAUUUUUAACUGAUUUUGUUUACAUGUUAUUUAAUUUGUUCUGUAUAUCAUUUUCUCACAUACUACACAUUAAAAACGUUAUUUUUGCUUCUCGGCUAACCUUUAAGAUGCAGUAGAGUAAAUUAUGCUAUUAAUGUUUCGAAUGCUCAGUGUUGUUAGUCAAAUCUAUAGUUCUGCAUUGUUUGUUGAGUCUCUAAAUCUAUUGGUCCAGAAAAAAAUAUUGUUUCUUUUUAACAUCUAGAAAUGUUUUAACCAAAAAUAUUCUAAUUUUUCAGAAGUAACUGCCUGUAGUUGCAUGUUUUAUGUUGCUUAUAAAGUCCACAGCAUCUGUCUAGCCUAACAUACUAUAUAAUAUCCCACAAAAAUGUGAAUAUUAUCUUUUUUUUCAUGGUACAACACCCUAGAAAUUAAACUUGAAUUAUUUUGAUAGAGAAGUCAAGGCCAAAACUUAAAACACUACAGUCAUUUAUUUUAUACCACAUAGUAUUUCUCUAUAAAAAAAUGUUUUUGAUAUAUAUAUAUAUAUAUAUAUAUACUGGUUGGAUUAGGACAGUGUUGUUCAACAUUUAUCGCUGAGAGCUGGAUACAGAUUGGAGAUUAUAAAGAUAUUCUAACGUGAGCCUUCCUGAGCUUAUGACCCUGUUAGUGGCACAGGUACUUAAAGUUUCCUACACAAGAAAAUCCAAAAUACCUGUUAUGUCUCCAGCCUACAGUGAUAAACAUUGGAUACAUGGGUAGAAGGUUAUGAAUGUAUCGACUGCAUUAAAUGUGCUUUCCCCUUACCUGUUCAUUUACUGAACAGGAUUAAGGAUUGAUAAUCAAUUUAGACUUGGGGAGAGGGAUAAUCUAAUAAGCAACUUUCAAAUGGACAAGAAGUUGUAUGCAUAGAAAUAGCAAUGCUUUUAACAUGCUGAGCUUGAAUCUUUUCCUCGUAGACUAUGUAGUCUAACAACUGUAUUGGGCAAGUGAACAGCAGUAUAAACUCCUUUGUUGGUGACUAGCAUGUGAAGUAUAGUUGGAUAAGUGUUCUGAUUACUUUAUUUGAAAUUUAAAAAAAAAUCCCAUAUAAUUAUGGUUGCCACCUUUCUUAGAAAGAAAAAAUACUGGCUACACCAUAACUGCCCAACAAUGCUAUGCAGCAUUCUGACUCUUCCCACAAACUACCCUACCAUGUCUACAGACCUUUGUGCCCCCGGACAACCCAAAUAAAACCUGACAACCCAAACUGAAAGCACCAACCCAGAGACAAUCCUAAAUCACCUGACUCCUCCUAUGAGCCACUCUUAUUUUACCCCCAAACUUUAAUACUGACCUAUAUGUAGCUGGUGUUUGUCUUUUACUGGCACCAGAUAAACACAUAAAAAUAGCAGCUGUGCCAGGUGGCAACCAUACACAUAAUAUACAGCAGCAAUAUCAGUAAAUUAAACCACAAGAAUAAAACAAAACACCUGUUUAGUCCUAAGGUACACAUGUAGGAAAAAUGAUAUAAUAGAAAAUGUAUUUAGAUUUAUUUUCAAGUUGACUGAGAAGCUUUAGGUCAAAUAGAUUAGUCACACAAGCCUUAAAUGUAUCAUGUAUAAUUCUCAUAACAUUUAUAACAUAUUGUAGAUCAUUUGUCUUGGAAACAAAUAAUUAUUGUUGUGCUUAACCACAAGGGAACACAAAGCUUUCUGUAAUAAAAUGUAAAAAAAAAAGUGUCUUGUUUAGUUUGUAUAAAUGUUUAUAGAAUGGUGAUUAUUGUUAGCAUAUUGUUGAUGUUGUCUUGUAUUUAUUUUAUUUAAGUGAUGGAAAAUCCUACCGUUUGUGAAACGCUAGGAUUUACCAGUGCAACAAAUAAAUGGGACUUUCAGUCACGAAGUUUAAAAUAUUUCAUGCUGAAAGUUCCUUUAUAUGUCUGAAGCGUUUGCCGUACUGAGCGCCUCAGGCAGCCCGCGCUAUUGGCUAAGAGGUGGAAACGUCAACUCACAGCAAAAUAGCAUUCUGCCAUGGGCUGCCUGAGGCACUCAACGAUGUGAACGCUUUAGACAAAUAAAGUAACUUUCAGCAUGAAGUAUUUUAUACUUCAUGGGGCCGAUUUAUCAAGCUCCGUAUGGAGCUUGAUGCCCCUUGUUUCCAGCGAGCCUUCAGGCUCACCGGAAACAGAAGUUAUGAAGCAGCGGUCUAAAUACCGCUGCUUCAUAACUUGUACGCCUGCUCUGAGGCUGCGGACAGAAAUCAAGCGGAUAGAAUACGAUCGGGUUGAUUGACACCCCCUGCUAGUGGCCGAUUGGCCGCAAGUCUGCAGGGGGCGGCAUUGCACCAGCAGUUCACCAGAACUGCUGGUGCAAUGAUAAAUGGUGACAGCGUAUGCUGACGGUAUUUAGCGAUGUGCAGCGGACAUGAUACGCUACAUCGUAUUCAUGUCCGCUCGCACUAUAAUAAAUAAACCCCCAUGACUGAAAGUCCCCUUUAUUUGUUCCACUGGUAAAUCCUAGUGUUUCACAAACACUAGAAUUUACCAUCACUUUAAGCUUAUUGGAAACAAAAAAAAGUCAGGGGUUAUGAAUUCAUCUCCACAAAAAUUCAUUGUUUAUUGUUUUUUUGUUUUUGUUUUUAAUUUGAAAAUAACAAAUAACUUAUCUUCUUUAUUAUAGCCGCAAAAAGAGUACAGAUAUUUUGGUGUUUUCCACAGAUAAACUAUGCAAUAUUAUAGGUAAAGCAACCUGUAUAUGAAAGUAGAAAUAAAAGUGUUGCAUUGAAAAAAAAGUAUGGUUAAAACCACUUAAGAUUCAGUACCACUUAAGUUAUUCACAAAGUGAUUUAUGCUGAUAAAAAUAAAAAUAAAAGAACAAAAAUGCAA